AUGGACUCCAAGAACUUUCAGACCCCACCUGGCUCGCUGGGUGCCAAGACCGUGGGUGUUCCCAUCUACUGCGUCGUCAUCGUGCUUUUUGUGUUCUUGUUUAAUUUCUUCAUUCCGAUUGGGUUCCUUGGCGCGAAUUUCUUGUACUGCACUGAGAUCGCGCCGCUGGGGCUGAGGGUGGCUAUGUCGAGCAUCUCGACUGCUAAUCAUUGGUUGUGGAACUUUGUCGUCACUAUGAUCACGCCAGUUGCCAUCAGCACGAUCGGAUAUCAGUAUCAUAUCGUCUUCACGAUCAUUGGAUUCUGUAUCCCAGUAUCCGUAUACUUCCUUUACCCAGAGACCAUGGGGCUUCGGCUCGAGGACAUCGAUCUAAUCUUCCGUGAAAGUCCAUCGGUGAUGAAGACCGUGGCCCUAUGCCCGGAAUCGGGUCUCGUCCAAAGAUGA